AUGGAUGAUAAAUACGUGUCUAAACUGUCACCUACUGUUGAUUUUUGGGCAGGGAUGUACCUGGUCAUAAUUGCCAUCCUGUCUAUCUUGGGCAAUGCAUCAGUCCUGGUCAGCGCAGGUCAUCGCCUCACCCUGCUGAAAGCUCCCGAGCUGCUGACAGUGAACUUGGCCAUAACAGAUAUUGGCAUGGCCCUCAGCAUGUAUCCUCUGUCCAUAUCUUCAGCUUUUAACCAUGCCUGGAUUGGAGGUGAUACAUCUUGCCUCUACUAUGGCGUGAUGGGCAUGAUCUUCAGCAUAACCAGCAUCAUGACUCUGGCUGUGAUGGGGAUGGUGAGGUACCUGGUAACAGGAAGUCCACCCAAGGCAGGUAUCAAGUUCCAGAGGAGAACCAUCAGAAUUGCGAUCAGUGGGAUCUGGCUGUAUGCUAGCCUGUGGGCCUUGUUUCCUCUUCUGGGCUGGGGCAGCUAUGGGCCAGAGCCAUUUGGACUUGCCUGCUCAAUAGACUGGACGGGCUAUGGAGAGUCUCUAAACCACUCCACCUUCAUCAUGACCAUGUCUGUACUCUGCACAUUCAUCCCCUGUCUGGUCAUCCUCUUUACCUAUUUUGGUAUUGCCUGGAAGCUGCACAGGGCCUACCAAUCCAUCCAGAGCAAUGGUUUUCAAUAUGGCAAGAUUGAGAAGAAAAUCACUCUUGUGGCUGUGAUGAUUAGUUCAGGGUUCUUUAUUGCCUGGACUCCUUACGUGGCUGCCAGCUUCUGGAGCAUGUUUCACUCCCAGGAACAGGGCCACAUGGCUCCAUUUGUCACCCUGUUGCCAUGCCUCUUCGCCAAGAGCUCCACCGUAUACAACCCUUUCAUAUAUUUCAUCUUCCAGCGUAACUCCUGGCACAAGCUCCUGUGCUCCCAGAGACCGAUGUUUUGUUGUUCUCAUCAUGCCAGUUCACCUGCUAAAGGCGGGAAGCUGGAAGGAUCUUGCCACGGAGUCUACUUCAGUGAAGCCCUCCCCAGGGACUCAGUUGGGCCUGGUUCCCUGUUGGCAGUCCAGCUGACCCCUGCUCCUAAUUUCCUGUUGGUGGCCUUCUGGUUCUUUAUCGGCAGCCCGACUGACAUCUGCUCCAGGUUCCUCGUCGGUGAACCUGCUGAAUCCUGCUCCUCCUCAUAUCCAGUUGGCCACCCGGCCAACUCCUGUCCCUGCUGA